AUGAUAAAAAUCUGUAAAAAAUCUUCAAUUUUUAUAUUCUUCAUUGUUUUUGUAUUUAAUUUAGUUUUUACCUUUAGAAUCCGAAGAAAGGAUAAUACCUUGACCCUAAACACAUACUCUUCGCCAAACGCAGUCAUGUCAUUGCUUAACCAUACCGAAUAUAAGAGGGAAUUUCCCUUAGAAGAUGAUAUUCCCCUUAAAGAGUUUGAUCCAGAAGUAUACGAAUUACUGGAAAAAGAAAGAGAUAGACAAAGAUAUUCAAUCAAUCUAAUCGCUUCCGAGAAUUAUGCCAGUAGAGCAUGUAUGGAAGCAUUGGGAUCCAUUUUCACUAACAAGUACAGUGAGGGUUUGCCAGGGAAGAGGUACUACGGGGGGUGUAAAUUCGUUGAUGACAUUGAAACCUUAUGUAUUAAAAGAUGUUUGGAGGUUUUCGGACUAUCAGAAGAGGAAUGGGGUGUAAAUGUGCAGCCGCUCUCAGGAUCUCCCGCAAAUCUUGCAGUUUACUGCGCACUACUUCAACCUCACGAUAAACUCAUGGGACUAUCGCUGGAGUCCGGCGGUCACCUCACUCACGGAUACUAUAACGCCAAGAAAAAAGUCUCCGCAUCCUCCAUAUUUUUCAGCGCUCUUUCAUACUUUCUCGACCCCAACACUGGACUUAUCGACUACGACGGUCUUGAAAAAUCCGCUAAAGCUUACUGUCCCAAACUCAUUAUCGCAGGAGCUUCCACCUACUCUAGAUACAUUGACUUUAAGAGGUUUCGGGAAAUCGCCGAUAGCGUUGGAGCCUAUUUAAUGGCUGACAUUGCGCACAUUUCAGGCUUGGUUGCUGGAAGGGUCCACCCUCUGCCCUUCGAGUAUUGUCACGUAGUUACCUCCACAACUCAUAAGUCACUCAAGGGCCCAAGAUCAGGAGUAAUUUUCUUCAAUAAGAAGUUAUUGCCUGAAUUUGGCGAAUGCAUUAACCAGUCAGUUUUCCCGACUCUACAAGGUGGACCUCACAAUAAUAAUAUUGCCGCCCUUGCAGUACAACUUAAACAGUUAUCGAAACCAGAAUGGAGAAUGUAUGCACAAAGAAUAGUUGAUAAUGCGAGAGCAUUGGCGUCAGAAUUGGAGAAAAGAGAUUUGCCAGUUGUUACAGGAGGGACUGAUAACCAUACUGUAAUUGUUAACUUAAGACCAUUUGGAGUAACCGGAAGUAAGGCUGAACUGGUGUGUGACCUUGCUAACAUAUCAAUCAGCAAGAGCACAAUUCCAGGCGAUAAAUCAGCCCUAAACCCAUCCGGAAUCAGACUUGGAACUCCAUCACUAACAUCAAGAGGAGCUUUACCUCAGGAUAUGAUCUUUGUGGCUGAUGUUAUCAGAAAAGUUGUUGACAUCUGCGUGAAAGUUCAAGAGGAGAAAGGGAAGAAAUUAGUCGACUUUAAGGUGGGAUUGGAUGUAAAUGAGGAUAUUUUGAAGCUGAAAAGUGAUGUUCUAGAAUGGAUUAGCAAUUUUCCAUAUGUCGAUUAA